AUCGUCAUGCAAUGAUCACAAUCAUUGUUAUUGUUAUCAUUAUAACUAGGUUUCUUAUUAUCAAAACGUCGAGUGUUUUUACGAACGCGGUGAAACAUGCGGCAGAAAGUGUUGACGAGAAUGAACAGCUGUUAGGUGAAAAUCUGCUCCUCCUUCUUCAUCUUCUUCUUCAUCUUCUUCUUCUUGUUCCUCGCGAUGAUUCUAUUGAAGCAGAAAAGCUCUGUGCUUUACGUUCUGCCUCCACCUUCGCCCCCCGAGCCGCCAUCUCCUUGGUCAACAAUAUUUUGGAGCAAGGAUAAAACUGCUCGGAAAAUCUCAAGGAGAGCUGGUACCGUUGCUCGAUUCUUCGACAAGGUAGUUUCAAAAGACUCAGGCGCGGGGGCUCCAGCCGAUGAUGACGACGCAGGACGGAGUUGUAAAAGGUAUGCAUUGGACUGGAAAAUGUGUUUAAGGUGUCACAGAUUCGUACAUUAUGGAGACCUCAGCGAGUGUUACUUCGCGGGAAAGGGCGCCGCCCUGGUCCUUCCCCCGAACGAGAGGGCGCGACCAUCGCGACGGGUGUCUUCACCGGGAUGCGAUAUUCAGCAGCACCUGCAGUCCAUGUUCUACCUCCUCCGACCGGAAGAGACACUCAAGAUGGCUGUCAAGUUGGAGUCUGUCCAUCCUGGGAGAACGCGAUACCUGGUCGUAGUGUCCUGUACAGGCAGACAGGAUGCGGAAGAGAGUUGUCUUCUGGGCAUAGAUUGCCACGCGAGGGCAACAGUUGGCCUCGUUUUAAGAGUGCUGGCCGACACAGCGAUCACCUUGGACGGCGAUGGGGGCUUCAGCGUCAGCGUUUGCGGUUGCCAGCACAUCUUCAAACCAGUGUCCGUGCAAGCCAUGUGGUCAGCUUUGCAAACGCUUCACAAAGUGUCCAGCAAAGCUCGAGAGCAGAACUACUUUCUUGGGGGUUUGUCCCAUGACUGGGUCAAUUACUAUGAGCAACGGAUCGAGAGUGACCGCUCGUGCCUCAACGAGUGGCACACAAUGGACAAUCUUGAAUCCCGCAGGCCACCAUCUCCGGAUAGUGAACGCAGCAAACCCAGAGAGAGAGAGGAAACUGAGAGGGUUAUCAGAUCAACUUUGAAAGAAAUCAUGAUGUCCGUUGAUCUCGACGAGGUCACUUCAAAGUACAUCAGAGGUCGUCUUGAGGAAGACCUCGACAUGGAUCUCGGAGAAUUUAAACCAUUCAUUGAUCAAGAAAUGCUAACUAUAUUGGGGCAGAUGGAUGCGCCAACCGAGAUAUUCGAGCACGUUUACCUCGGCAGCGAAUGGAAUGCCAGCAAUUUAGAAGAGCUGCAAAAGAAUGGAGUGAGACACAUCUUGAAUGUUACAAGAGAAAUCGACAAUUUUUUCCCAGGGAUGUUCAAUUACUUGAAUGUCCGCGUUUACGAUGAUGAGAAAACUGAUUUGCUCAAACAUUGGGAUGACACGUUUAAAUAUAUAACAAAGGCCAAGAAGGAGGGUUCAAAAGUGCUGGUUCAUUGUAAAAUGGGAGUUUCCAGGUCGGCUUCGGUUGUGAUUGCCUACGCCAUGAAGGCCUACAACUGGGACUACUCGCAAGCACUGAAACACGUAAAAGAUAAACGAAACUGCAUAAAGCCAAACAGUAGUUUCGUAUCGCAACUCGAAACGUAUCAGGGUAUUUUAGAUGCCAUGAAGAAUAAGGAGAAAUUACAAAGGUCCAAAUCUGACACGAAUUUGAAGUCACCGACAAUGGUCAAGGACCAAGUUAAGAAGGAAGAAAAAGUUGACAGUAUCGAUACCGAUAAUCUACUCCAAGCACCUGGUACUGAAUUAAAACGUAACGGUCAAAGGCCGAAAAGCUGGUCACCGGAUGCAGAAGUUGCGGAAAAUUUGCUCCCUGCUGUAUCUCUAUCGCAGUCACUGGAGAGGCUGGAUAAUACCGGAAGUUCGGAAAUAACGCGAGAGGAAUUACUGCGGGGUACAAAUACGAGUAAAAGCGCGGAAGACCAGGAGGCGAGGAACGUCCUUAUGCCAUGCGAUAACGGCCAAUCGUACAGUGUGUCACAAAAUAAAAUAGUCCACUUACCUGGGCCAGACACACCAAGUGUUAAGCACAGAGUAAACGAGCUGGAAACUCAAGGGCAGAGGAGGAAAGGACUGGUUUUGAACCUGACGAACCAGUUCGAGGCAGCAACCAGCAAACCUUCAUCCCCUGGUUCGGAUUCCGACGUUAAACCACUGUCCCAAAGCCCUCCUCUACCAUCUUGCAUCGCUGAGGCGAAUGAAAAGCAAGAAAACCUGCAGACCGAAGAAGCGUGGGACCCGAGUGAUAAGCAGAAUGAUAAGGAGAGUAUAGUUUCGACACAAACGACUCAUCCAACUGCAACAACACCCUCUGCAAUUAACAAUAGUGAAUGUCUAGUCUGGACUGCAUCGGCAGAAUAUAAAACUAACACCGAUUCGAACAGGGAUACUAGUUCUAACGGGGUAGUGACUAUUAGUGAGAGUGAGUGCGUCGCCGGUCAACCAACGGCCGUUUAUCCAAAUUUAAUCAGUCGACGGUCGAGGAAGGACGGAGACCCGUUCAGCACGCAACUGGACAGGGUAUUUGACAGGGAAGAAAGGCGGGGCGAACCGGCGAGAGAUUCACCGAGUCGUCAGAGCUCCUGGAGCAGUUACGACAGUGCGGUUAUAAUGGACAACAAUUCGGUGCACAGUUCGUGGGCCACGUUGCCAUCGAGAAACAGUUCGUGGGGGUCUUACGACAUGAGGCCUUCCGACCCGCUCGGAUCUAGUGGUUUAUUUCCUUACGACAAGGAGGAAAUACCGUGGCAUCCUGGGACGGUCAAGAGAACGAAACAAAAACUUGAGGAAGGCACGAGCACCGUGAACAAGAGAGUCUGUACACAGAAUUCCGACCCUGAUGAUAAGUCGGAGCGGAUCACAGCGGGCGAUGACGAAGCUCCUGUCGAGGCCUACAACCCCGUUCUUCUUCAUUAUACAGCCUCACCGACUCCCAGGCGGAGGGACUCGCCUCCCACGCAUGAAUCUAGUCCGAAAAUUGGAACUGUCAGGGAGUCUGCGAGCUCUGUUACAGGGAUAGACAUUAAACCAGGAGUAACGAGCGUCAGAGCCCUGGGAAGAUUGUCGACAAGCGCACCGGCACCCUCGUCUUUGUCCUCGGAAUCGGACCUGCCCUCGCCGCUGAGAUCGUGCAGGUCUGAGAGCGAGACAAACUCUCCGUGCGUUGUGAAUACUUCGCAGUGUACCUCGGUGAUGCAUCACAAAAUGGUUUUGGAAAGUUUGAGCAAUAAAUCAAUGUUCAAUAAGCGAUGUCUCUCUGUAGACGAUUCACCCGAGUUCGAAUGCCCGAGGAGUAGUUCCGGCAUAGUGAAAAAUCUUAAAAAAGAAUUCGAGGCCAAGUCAACGAAGCCUGAAAAGAGUCCUGAGAAUAACGAGCCUGCUGAAGUAUUGCCUAAUACUCGGCAGAAGAAGGAUAACAAGAUAAGGAGUUUACCGUCGUCUCCCGUCAUCGCUCAUAACGAUUCGAAGAUCCGAUGCGCGUCGGUAAACGGUUCUAAAGAUAAGGACAAGGACGCGAAAAAGCAGGAUGUCGAAUCACCACAGUCGGAAACUGCCGAGGAUUUAUCCGUGAAAGUCCUUGUCGGAAAAUAUGAAUUUGCCAAGCCAGAGCCCCGAAGAACUUCAGAGAUACAACUGAGAGUUCACAAAGAUAAGGACAAGGAUAAGGAUAAGGAUAAAGAUACCAUGGAAGUUCACCCACCAGCCAAGUCUAGAAUAGCUCCGGAAUUGUCCAGGAGAUCCGCGCCCAUAAUGAUUAAUCAUUCGCCUCUAUUUCCUGAGGCACCAGAAGCUCCGGGAAGGCCGCCAUCCGUUCCGUCGCCCAGCGUGGUUGUUGCCAGUGUCGUUGCAAAAGCAGCAAGCAAAAAGCAGCAGCAACACGGCAGGUCACAUCCUUUGGCCAUGCUCCGAGUGAGACCCAGGCACAGCAGUCCGGUUUACAACACCAUGUGAAGAAAUACUUGAUAAAAAAAAAAAAAAAUACGGAACGUUGACUUCGUCAUUUUUAUUUUCGAGUUUUCGAAUUUCUAUUUGCUAUUUUUUUUUUUUUUUUUUUUUUUUUUUUCCCUAAACGUUUUGUUCUUAUUCUCUACCAUAGUGAUGUAGAGGAAUGUCGUAGUUAUGGAGCUACAUGCCCUAAACGCUCCGAAAGUAUGUUACUUGUAAAAAGAAUUAUCGUGUGAUCUCUUUAUUAUGUAUGUAUGCCAAUACGCUUUGGCUGCGAGCUAAUGACAAUGGCUCAAUUAUUAAUUGACAGAGCCAAGGUGUAUCUAUAUCUGUUUCAAAUUGAUAUUACAUGUUGUUGUUUGUGUCUAAAGUUUUUUUUCAAAACUUGAAUGAUCUUCGUUGCUCGUAUGAUUCGAAUUUAUGUGAAAAAAUAAUGUAAGUAAUUGACUAUCCUGCUAUCGCUAUAACAGAUAGCGAAGCUUUGAAUUAUCGUCACCCUUUUAUUUCUGAGACCCGAUAAUAUUACAGAAUAUUGGUGAUUAAGCACCGAUCAAUAACUACAAAAAUUUGCAAAUCGACAGAUCAUUUGCAAGUUAGAUCCAAUUAAGGUGUAAGUUACAUUUGGAGCAACUUGUAAGUGAAACAGGUCAGAUAUCUUGGCUCGUAUUUGUUCAAUUAAAACAAAAUAAGCUAGAAAUGCAACAAUACAGUUAUAUGUAUGACUAUAAGUGAAGGGAAAGAGGUCGUGUUAAGCAUGGAAGUAUGAAAACUAGUAUUCCUAUGUCAUCUCGUCAUAACUCUUAGUGGGCUUGGAAUCAAAUAAGCAUAGAAAAAAAAAAAUAUGGUGCGAUAUGUUAAGGACAAUUAAAUUACCAAUUCGGAAAGAGAAAAAUAUAAAGAGUUUUCAGAAUCAGGAGGCUUUGAUGUUGGUCAAGUGGCGAGCGCUCAGUCAGGCUGUGAAUGUAACGUCUGAGCCUCGUGUGCUUCGGUAUAUACUAUAAUGAUUUUCUAUUAGUAUAAUUUUUUUUUGUUUUCUUUUUGUUCCCACUUGUUUUCUCUUAUCGUUUUGUUUCUACUUUUUUUUCAAUUGUAAUUAGUUUCUACUUAGUUUCUCCGUGUGGAAAAGUAAUUCACCAUAAGUCGUUCGACAUACAAUAAUUACAUUUUUUUUCAACUGUAAUGUAUUCGAAACUGAACGAUUGCACAGUGAUGAAAAAUGACUAUGAGACAAUGUAAAGAAAAAGAGAGGGAAGGGAGAAAGAAAAAGAAAAUCAUCGUACACUGUUUAAUAAUUUAUAAUGACUAAUGUGAUUAGAAGCACAUAAUGUGAAGU